AUGUCAAUAAGAAUUAUUAAAGAAAUUGCCUUAUGUAAAAAAGAAUUUACUGAAUUAGGAAUCAGUUUUUGACGAAUGAGAGAGAGAGAUUAUUUUACUAAUGAUAUUUCUAUUCUUGGAAUUGCUGAAAGAUGACUGAAAACUUCCUUAUAUAUUCAAGGAUUUAUCUGAAUUGGAAAUAAUGGGGCCAAUUGCUGGCAACAGAGGAUCAGGCGGAACUGGGUUACUAAUACAUGAAACAUUUGCAAAUCUAAUAACAUCAAUUGAAACUAACAAUCAUAGAAUAACAGCAACAUUAAUUGAAGAUUACUUAAUAAUAGUAGCCUAUGCCCCAGUAGUAGCAAAUCACCAAAGUAAGAAAUUAAUAGAUGACUAUAUUGACUUUAUCAUAGAAGUUCAAGAAAUUAUUCAAAAAAAUCAAAAGGAUAGACGUCAAAUAGUACUAUUGGGUGAUUUUAAUGCACAUCUAAAAGGAUAUUUAUCUGAAAUCGAUGAUCUAACAGGAGAGAUAUUUUCUAAAAUUUAUAAAAGAUUCUCAUCUAUACAUUCUCAAUGAUAUGCAAAUAUCAACUUUUUAGAGGUCAUAAUACACACACAAUUAUUGAUUACAUUUCUCUCAAACUCAACAUCAGAAAUUAUUUAUAUAGAAGUCCCUCAAUUAAAUACUAACCAUAUUUUACUCCUAUCACGCAUUUCGAUAAUUAUAUCAUUAGGAACUCAAAAAACAUUAUUCCAUGAUAUAAAACUAGAAGGAGAUGAACAUGAAGCCUUUAAAAGCAGACUCUUCCUUAAAUUCAAAGAAAAAGGUAUUUUUCAUAACAAAUAACCCUUCUCAAAUCUAUACCGAAAUAAAGACUAUCUUAGAUGAAGAAUCAAUUAUUCUAAAAAACUAAAUUACAGCCUGAUCAUUUUAAAACUCCAGAAAUGAAAAUUUUAAGGAAAAGAAUUAACAAACUCAAAGAAUGAAUCAAAUUUUGCUAUUCUCAGAAAAAUAAUGAAUUUAUUGAAAGAAUAACGGAAAGUAAAGAAAAUAUGUAUUGAUCAGUUAAAAAGACUAGAUAGAUAUGAAAUAAUAAGUGAAAAUAGAUUAAAACAAUGCAUAAAUGAUCCCUAUGGAGCUUGAAACAAAAUAAAAAGAUUAUUGAAUAAAAACAAACUGGUCUUACCAAUGAAUGCAUUUGAGAUUCAAUCUUGAACAAAAGAAUUUGAAGAUCAAUUUAGGAGUACGAUAUCUUUUAUUCCACAAGCAGGUUGUCUAGAAGAUGAACUUUGAAACUCAAAAAAGAUUGAGAAUAUUAUUAAAUCUUUGCCUAACAGAAAAGCUCCUGGACCAGAUAAUAUAACGAAUGAAAUAAUAAAAAAAGGAGGAGAUAUAAUGGUAGAAGCAAUAACACAUUUUUUAAAUACUUGCAGAAAUUUAUGGUAUACCGGAUGUUGCAAAUGAAGCUAAGACUAUUCUUAUAUAUAAAGGUAAAGGAAAUCAUAAAGAAUUGAAGAAUCACAGACCUAUAACAUUAAUGAACAGUUUUAUGAAGAUUCUUGACAAGGCUGAACUAAGAAAAAUUGAAAACAACGUUAAGAUCUCAGAUAGACAACAUGGGUUUAGAAAAGGAAAAAUCAUGCAUAGCACAAAGUUUCUUACUGAAAAAUACCUUAGAAUAUCGAAAAUAUUAUAAUAAAGGGAAAAAGAGUGAUUCAUAUAUACUUUUUAUAGAUUUUUCGAAAGCAUAUGAUUCUGUGGAUAGAACUAAACUCAUGGAAAAGAUAAAAAGUAAGAGAGUCACAGAUGAUAGUUGAAAAUCAAUCUCUCCCAGAUGAUUAAAGGAGAAAAGACUACCUUAAUAAUCAACGGAAAUGAAACAUUUAAAAUCGAUAUUACUAAAGGGUUAGACAAGGAAGUGCGAUUUCUCCAUUAUUAUUUAAUAUCUAUAUCGAUGAUAUUGAAAAUGUAACAAAAGAUAUUAGCCUAGAAUUAAUUGAAAACGAGAAUUUAUACUCAAAAAUAAAUUUUCAAUAUGCAGAUGAUACAGCUUUUAUUACAGGAAAAUGUGAGGAUCUACAGUCAAUUCUUAAUAAUCUUAAAAAAUGAACAGAAGAAAAUGGUAUGGAUUUAAAUAUAGGACCUGAAAAAAACGCAUUGAUGACAAUUAUUAAUAGAAAAACAGAAAAAAUACCCUCCAAAAAUUACCCAAACUACAUUUUAAAAGAACUGAAAUUCCAAUAGUUGAUAAAUAUAAAUACUUAGGAAUUGUUUUUUAAAGGAAAUUUUAAAAAUCAACAGGUUUAGAUCAAUCACAAUAUGCUUAUUUAAAAAAUAAAGCAAUAAGUACAUGUAGUUCAUUUAUACCAGCAACUAGAAAAAUGCUAAAUAUCCCAACUACAACAUUAAUUAACUGCUAUAAAGCAAUAUUUCUUCCGAGAUGCACAUAUGGAUUGGAAAUUUGCUCAAGAAAAAGAAGUAAAACUGCAAUUAUUUUUAUCCAAAGAAUGUUCAAUAAAAUUAUUAGAGAAUGUUGCCACGUAUACAGCAAAACACCAAUAGAGCCUAUAUUACUUGAUUUUAAAUAUUCCUACAGUCGAACAAUAUAUUGAUCAAAAAUCAUUGAUAUUUCUACAAAAGAUAUAUGAAAUGAACUCAUAUUCUGAAAUUUCAUUACAUUUUCUUAAAAAUUUAAAGGACAGAAUAACACCAACUCAAGAUUUAUAUGCAAAUUUAUUGAGCAAGUAUGAAUUAAAUUUACCAUAUCGGUACUCUGACAAUGAAGUAAAUUGAAUUAACAAAGACUGAAAGAAAGACGUCAAAUUAAAAGUUAAAAGAUACUGGCAAAAAAUACAUGAAAAAGAAAUUGAUAAAAAGAUUACACUAAAAACGUACAAAUUCUUAAGAGAGAUUAACCUUAACUCUAAAUGUCAACUGCGAUUUUGAAAUCUAAUUAAAAACUUGGUAAGUGAAGCGAGAAUUAAAGCAGCAUGAAGAUACGCAGCAGGACCUGCACAAACUCUAACAGCCCUAAGACACUCAAAGAAAAAUCAAAAUAUUAAUCAAAAUGAUAUGUGUAAUUUAUGUAAAACGAAAGAAACAGAGAAACACAGCAUAAAUAUAUGUAUAAAAUACAAGAAUGAAAGAAGAGAUUUUAUCAAUCAUUUAAGAGAUAUUAUUGGAGUAAAUUACGAAAGAACCACACCAUAAUCUAUGACUCAUAAGUGAUGUAUCUCAAUUAAAAGAAUUAGCAAACCUUCAGGAAGAAAUUAUGAGAAAAAAUUUGACCGAAUGAAGAAAAUGAUUUUCGUAACUGCACAGGAGUUAUUUUGGGCCCAGAAAAUUCACCUUAUGAAGGAGGAAUGUUUUUUAUUAAAAUUGUAUUUCCAGAAGGCUAUCCUAUGGUUGCUCCAAAAAUCACUUUUAUGACAAAAAUCUAUAAUCCAUGCAUUGAUUCUCAUGGUCAAGUUGAUCUUUGUGUUCUACAUGAUCACUGGUCACCUGCUUUAACAACAGGGAAAACUCUGCUUUCUAUUAUGUCUUUAUUGACGGAUUUUAGCGCAGAUGACCCUUUAGUGCCUGAUAUUGCUCAUAUAUAUAAAAGUGAUAGGCAAAGGUAUGAAUCUAUAGCAAGAGAGUGGACAAGAUUAUACGCAUUAUAA